UGCGCGCUGUGAUUGGCUAAAAUAUCAUCGGCCGAACCGUCGUUUCACAGAGGGAAUUUUUGAAAUUUAGAAGAGGCGCUCUGCGAAAGAGUUUACCAACAAUAAUGCAGAGACCAGGCAAAGGCAAGACUCCCCGGAGGCCUGGUCCAAAGAAGGCAUCCAACAUAGAAAAAGAUCCUGUUGGAGUAUACUGCCGUAUACGACCACUUGGAGCAGAAGAUGAAGAAUGUUGUAUUGAGAUGAUUAGCAGCUCCACUAUUCAGCUCCAUGCUCCUGACGGUCUUAAAGCCAACCGCAAUGGGGAAUACAAAGAGACACAAUACUCCUUUAAAAAAGUAUUUGGUAUUAAAACCACUCAAAUGGAGCUGUUUGAGGAUGUUGCCAAGCCACUGGUAGAGGACCUCAUUCACUGUAAAAAUGGUUUGCUGUUUACAUAUGGUGUUACUGGAAGUGGUAAGACCUUUACCAUGACUGGCUCACCUGGGGAAGGUGGACUUCUUCCCCGGUGUCUAGACAUGCUCUUCAACAGCAUCGGCCCCUUUCAGGCCAAAAGAUUUGUGUUUAAACCAGAUGACAAAAAUGGGAUGGAAAUCCAGAAUCAAGUAGAUGCUCUCCUGGAGAGACAGAAGCGAGACAGUCAGCAGGCAGUGCCCAAAACACCAUCUUCCAGGCAAAAGGCUGACCCAGAGUUUGCAGAUAUGAUCACCUCAGAGGAGGCAUGUAAAUCUGAGAAUGUGGAUGAAGACUGUUGUUAUGGCAUUUUUGUAUCCUACAUCGAGAUCUACAACAACUAUAUCUAUGAUCUCCUUGAAGAUGCUCCAUUUGAUCCAAUCAGACCAAAGUGGCUCGCUGGAGGCACGCCUGUACGGAAUAAUGAGUUCGUACCACCUCAAUCCAAGAUUCUGCGUGAAGAUCAGAAUCAUAACAUGUAUGUGGCUGGCUGCACGGAAGUCGAGGUAAAAUCUACAGAAGAGGCUUUUGAAGUCUUUUGGAAAGGACAAAAGAAAAGGAGGAUUGCCAACACUCAACUCAACCGUGAAUCCAGUCGAUCCCACAGUGUGUUCACAGUAAAGCUGGCCCAAGCACCACUUGAUGCUGACGGGGACCACAUUCUACAGGACAAAAACCAAGUGAAUGUGAGCCAGCUGUGUCUGGUUGACCUGGCAGGCAGCGAGCGCACCAGCAGAACCAGAGCGGAGGGAAGUCGGCUUCGUGAAGCAGGUAAUAUUAACCAGUCCUUGAUGACACUGCGCACGUGUAUGGAAGUCCUGCGUGAAAACCAGAUGUGUGGAACUAAUAAGAUGGUACCAUACAGGGACUCUAAAGUUACACAUCUGUUUAAAAACUACUUUGAUGGAGAAGGAAAAGUCAGGAUGAUUGUGUGUGUCAACCCAAAGGCUGAUGAUUAUGAAGAGACUAUGCUGGUGAUGCGCUUUGCAGAAAUGACCCAGGAGGUGGAGGUGGCGCGACCCGUUGACCGGCCAAUCUGUGGCCUUGCUGCAGGACGCAGACACAGAAACCAGGCCUUCAGAGAUGAGCUGUCACAUCGCCUGGGGGAGCGAGGGGGUCCCAGUAAUGCCGGUACAUUGCCCACAAUAGAUGACCCUGUUCUGGCUCAGCUCAUAGAAAGCCUUCCCGCCCUGCCUCCUUGUGAGCUGGUGGACCCAGCUGAUGAUCAGACACUGCCCCGCCUGAUUGAAGUCCUGGAAAGGAGGCAUCGUAUCCGUCAGAUGAUAACAGAGCAGUUCAACAAAACUGCCAGUACACUGAAGUCCAUGCUUCAGCAGUUUGACACUCAGCUCAAUGCAAAGGAGACCUUCCUGCAUGAUCAGCAAAGCAAACUGAGCGAGAAAGACAAAGUUAUCAUGAACCAGAGGACGGAGAUAGAACGAUUAGAGAAAAAAUCCAAAACGUUGGAAUACAAGGUCGAUAUCCUGCAAAAGACAACAGACAUGUAUGAGCAGGACAAACGCUCACUUCAGCAGGAGCUGGAGACCCGGGAGCAGAGGCUACAGAGAGAACUCUCAGAGAGGAGGCGCAUGGAGCAGCGCAUGCAGGGUGUGGUGACAGAUGCCAGACUAAAGUGGGAGAAGGAGUGUGAGAGGCGAGUGAAUGCCAAGCAGCUGGAGAUGCAGAACAAGUUGUGGGUGAAGGACGAAAAGUUGAAGCAGCUCAAGGCCAUAGUGACGGAGAGCAGCGGUGGUGGCAGCUGUCCCUCUGAGCGUCCAGAGAAGCCCGAGAGGCCUUCAAGGGAGAGAGACCGCAACAUUGCCCCGAAGAGAUCUGCCUCACCAUCACCGCAUCCUGACUUGAGCCAAACUCCCUCUCACCAAAAUCAAGCCAACGUUAGGGCAGUACAGGACGCUUACCCCGCCUCCUCCUCCACCACCCCCUUUACCUCCUCUUCAGCUUACCCUUCAGUGGCCUCCUGCAUCUCCGAGUGGGAGCAGAGGUUACCUGUAAACUCAGACAGCCAGUCUAGGCACCCUGGGACUCCCCAGUACAGGAGCCGGACUCCCGCCCCAUGCCACAGCACCAGCAGCGUGGGCCGCAGGAGAGGCCAGCGCUGGGCCCCAGGCACUGAGGCCCCUGCUACGAAUCUUGUCUAUGGGCUAGACCUAGAGGCAGGCACAAGGACGGCCCCUCCAGUUCAUCCAAUGCACAGGCGCUCACACUCUGCGGGUGGGGAAAAAUGGGUAGACCACAAACCAGCUUCUAAUUUGGACCUAGACACUGUCAUGCAGCCAAUCAUACCCAAUGCAAUCAAAGUGUCGACCCCUAACGAGAAAGCUCUGUCUAAAUGCCACAAGUAUGUGCUUAGACACCAAGAGCUUGCCUCUGAUGGGGAGAUCGAGACCAAACUGAUCAAGGGUAAUGUUUUUAAGACCAGAGGUGGAGGACAAGCUGUGCAGUUUACUGACAUUGAAACACUAAAACAAGAGUGCCCAACAGCACCAAGUCGCAAGAGGCGAUCGGGGUCUGCAGAGGGACCACUUCAAAUAGAGGACAUCGAAAACAGAGCUCCAGUACCAAGCACGAGUGGCUAUCAAAAACGCAGAAAGCCAUAAGUUGCUGUACGCUGUACAUAUGAAGGACCUUAUUUUAUGUUUUUGUUUUUUUUUCUUGAAAACAUGCAAGAUAUUGCAUUACUGUUGGAACAGUGAAGGGACCGCUGCCUCGUCAAACUAUGCAUUGUUUUGAGGGUUGGAGCAUUUUUCUAUCAAAUCUGGUCUUACUAUAAAUGAUUAGGGUGCAAUUAUAAUUUAAUCAUAGCCAACAAGACAUUGAUUAAGCAUUGCAAAAUAUUUCAGAUGUAAUUUGCUUGAUUUCUUUGCUUUUUCUCUUCUUAAGUUCUAGAAUUAUUACCUCUUAAAGAAAUGGACAUGAUAAAUAGCCCAAUAUAGAUAUUUUGUGAUAAAUGUAUUUAAUCUUCUCACUGUUUUUUACGGCUGCCCAAAGAUUAGAAUAUAUGAGCUUCAGAACAAUAGAAAAUGUUUGUUGUUUUUUUACUUUAUAGUGUCAUUGCUUGCUUCCUUUUUAAAAAUGGUUGUUAAGGAAUUAGUAGAUGUAACACUGAGCAUAUGACUGAUCACAUAAAACAAGUACAGAAUAUAAUUUAGAAUUACAAAUUGUAGAGCUUCAGCUGUAAAUAUAGAGCUGUUAAGUAGAUUUAGCUGAAAUCAAUCUCUGACCACCUAUAUGGAAGUAUUCUGAUGCUUUUUACUUCUGUUUAUUGAAACAACUCCUAAGGUGUGUGGUACACUGCUCUUUUUGGUAUCAUUAAAUUUAUUCAAACACCAA